UAGAAAGCUGUUUUGGCGGGCGUUGCGCAGAAGCGGUGGCCGUGAGGGGGUACAAACCAGGGAGGGGGAAGUUGGUUUCGUACCGAGCCGUUACUUUCCCCAGGAAUUGGGUAGCCUUGGUGCAUUAGGUACAACUUCUGCGCUAUGGGAAAAAGAAACAAGAGGACAGCAGAUAGUUCGUCCUCUGAAGAAGAGGAGGAAUAUGUUGUGGAGAAGGUUCUAGACAGGCGUGUUGUGAAGGGUCAAGUGGAGUAUCUUCUCAAGUGGAAAGGAUUCUCUGAGGAGCAUAAUACCUGGGAACCUGAAAAGAACCUUGAUUGCCCAGAACUGAUUGCUGAGUUUAUGAAAAAAUACAAAAAAAUGAAGGAAGGUGAAAACAAGCCUCGGGAGAAAUCAGAGGGCACCAAGCGAAAGUCUAGCCUUGCCAACAACACUGAAGAGAUCAAAGCCAAAAAAAAGAGAGAGAGCACCGAUAUUGCCAGGGGCUUUGAAAGAGGAUUGGAGCCAGAAAAAAUCAUCGGAGCCACAGACUCCUGCGGAGAUUUAAUGUUCCUAAUGAAAUGGAAAGACACAGAUGAGGCUGAUCUGGUUCUAGCAAAAGAAGCCAAUGUGAAGUGCCCUCAAAUUGUGAUAGCAUUUUAUGAAGAGAGACUGACCUGGCAUGCAUACCCAGAAGAUGCUGAAAACAAAGAACGGGAAGCAGUGAAAAGCUAAAGUGGCUGGGGUUCUCUGUCCAUCAUAAUUGUACAUAUCCACCAUCCCUUUCCCUCUGCCCAAAUGCAUCCAUGCAAAUGUGCUUAUUACUGUGCUCGACAGGAGAAAUGUUGAUAUUGGUUGGUUUAGUCAUAACAUAAAUGUUGUGAGUCACGUUUGGUUUCCCUCCAGGAGAUUGACAUGCAGUGUGGAGUUCUAUCACCACCUCAUUGAUAACAAUAAUGAUUCUUGUUUUUAAAGCUUCCUCAGAGCCUCCAGGCCUUUUCUUCCUGCCUGGCUGUUUAGUUCUGCAUCAUCAUGUUCUGUGUAGAGAAUUGUUAAGCAUCAUUGUUACUGAUUUAAAAAUGGCAGGAGCUCCCUGAAUUCAGGACAGAUCCAACUGAUCUACCACAGGCUUUGGAUUUUUAGGUCACCAAAAUAACAAGCAAGCUAGAUCUUGGGGAAGGGGGGGGGAAAGGGCUUUUUCUAGUUUUUUUCAAAAUUGCUAACAUGUUGCUUGAAUUGCAUUCAAAAUGCUGGGUAGCCAUUUUCACCCAAAUCUUCUAACUUCAGGUCAGAACAGGAACCGUUUGAACAAAUAGAAAUUAGUUGGCAGGGGUAGCAUCCCUCUUUUGAACCUGUCUUUCUCAUUUUAUUCCUUUCAUUCCUUCCUAUCUCUUAUCUUCCUUACUACUGGUGCUAUUUGCAUGACAUGUUUAGUUAGAUUAUAAGGGUAUCUAAUUAAUCAUGUUGUGUGUACUCCAAAAAUUAAGUUAAUUGACCCAUAGCCUAUCCUGGCAACAAGUCUUUCCUCCCCCCCCCCCUUUGUGCAGACUAUCGGUACUUACUAGACAAUUAACUCCCUCUUUUAACAACUGUGAUCAAAAUGUACUCCUAGAGAAGCCCUAUAAAAUUGCUCCUUCUGUGGGCAUUCCAUUUCUAUAGUCCUUUUGAUCUUUCAUUCAUUGCACUCCAGGUGUGUUAUGUCUGAAAAGUGAGCAGAUACUGUUGGGAUAUGUAACUCCAUGAAUCUGCAGUGACACCAACCUUAAUUGCAUGAUGGCAACUUUAAUUUUAAAUUUACUUUCCCAGGGGGUGGAGGGUACAGCAUGAAGUAAGAAAGAAAAUGAUGCCUCCUGUGAAGACUAAAUACAGUGUCACUGAAUGACCAUCUCUGUCAUUUGGGAUCAUGUGCCCUGAGUGUGUCAAUGUGAAUUAAUUGGCUUAAAGAAAACUGGAUCAUUCAUGUUACACAAAUAGGGCCUUUGUGUUAUGUAGGUAAGUAGAUCAGCCAAACAUAGUGUCAUACUUGGAAUCAUUAAAUAGUUCCUUUUUCCUUUAAAAAAAAAAAACAACGAACCGUGGUUCCAAAAUUCUAAUUUGAUUUGUUUCUGGGCAGUUGUUUCUUUAGAGACCUCCCAACCAUAUUCUCUCUGCUCUUUCAUCCUAGUAUGUCAAUACGUUAUUUUCAGAAUAAGUAUUUAGUUCAGGUAUAUUUUCAGAGAAAACUACCAGCUGAGCAUAAUUAUCUGGCUGCAUGACUAGAACAGCUUAGAAAAAUGCAAAAAUCCCAGACUGGCAUUUUUAUUCUGAACAAUUGACAGUUAAAAUACAUAGUGAAAUAGAUUUUACAGAUAAAAUACAUUAGCAAUUUAGCCAAAAAUACCAUGUUACAGAAUAAGGACAUUUUGGACUGCAAAUCUAAUUAUCCUUCAUCACUGGCUAUGCUGGAUGGGAAUUGCAGUUCAAGAACAGUUGGAGGGUCACACAUUGCCUGUCCCCGAUUUGGAAUGUUGAUCAUUAAGGUAAAGGUUCCCCUCGCACAUAUGUGCUAGUCGUUCCUGACUCUAGGGGCCAGUGCUCAUCUCUGUUUUAAAGCAGAAGAGCCAGCACGGUCCGAAGACGUCUCUGUGGUCAUGUGGCCGGCAUGACUAAACGCCAAAGGCGCACGGAACUCUCUUACCUUCCCACCAAAGGUGGUCCCUAUUUUUACGUGCUUUCAAACUGCUGGGUUAGCAGAAGCUGGGACAAGUAACGAGCUCACCCCGUUAAACGGCACUAGGGAUUCGAACCACUGAACUGCCGACCUUUUGAUCGGCAAGCUCAGUGCCUUAGCCACUGAGCCACCGCAUCCCUUAUCAUUAACAAAUGGUUAUUUCAGCAGUGGCUUUCCAUCUUGUUCUUGAGCUUCAGGACGGUAAUAGAAAGCAAAGGCCCUUGGCAGAGCCCUUUCUCAUGACAAAGCCCAUGCAUUUUUUAUUUCAUGUGUAAUGCCUGCAUGGUGUAGCAUGGUUGGGAUUUCAUUUUCAUGUUCCACCGCGCAGACUCACUUGGCUGCAUCAGCUUUGAAAAGUGCCAGUAUCCUACUACAGUAUCUGAAUUUCUGGAUACCUCACAAUAGAUGGAUCCUCCAUACUAGUAAGAUUUGAUAGGAGCUUGGAUCAUUACUGAAAUGGUACAGGCUACUUUAUAAUGGACACUGGUCCUUAACAUUGAGUCUGAAUUCAUGCUCUUUGGUCUCUGCUGCCUUAGCAGUACUCUUUUUUUUUUUUUUUUUUAUUAAUAGUGAGGAAAGAUGCUCCUAUCCAUGCUUGAUCAGAAAAUCCCACCACUACUUACUUCAUUUCUGCAUUGUUGAAUUUAUUUCCUUUUGUUUAGCAAGCAGAUGAAGUAGGUUGCCAUCCUUCUAUUUACAUAUUCUGUAUCCUGCUAAUCUGUCAGGAAUUGCAACUGGGCAUGGUGUGAUGUAGCAUGACAUGAAUUACAUCUUUGACACAACUAAUGAUUCAUAUGAUUGAUUAAGUCCUAUAUCUUGUUAAAUGCCCAGCAUCAGAAAAUUGGUGGCAUUUUUGUUUUGGUGGAUUUCCUUUGAUUCAAUUGAUAGGUGUACUUCUGUCAACCACAUCAAGAUAAAACAUUUAUGAAACAUGUAUUCUAAUUUGUUUGGAUCAUGAUAUCAUUCCAUGUAUGUAGUUUAAGAAUCUAUUUUGCAACCAGUCCAUCUUUCAGUGGUUUUGAGGCAGGUUUGCCUUUAUAAAAUAUGCAGCCUCCAUAGCUUUGCUCAGCAUAUUCUAUUAGAACUGAAUAGAUUUUUACUGUUUGCUUCCUGAAUGGGGAUGGGUGACACUUUUAAGAAUUUACUUUGAAAGGGAUUUUGUUGAAAGAAAUGCCCUGCUGCUAAAUUAAUAGAAAUAUGUUUCUUUUCUAGAACCCUUAUUUGGUGCAGUCAUUUUCAACAAACGAGAUAUGUGAAAGUUCAGACUAUAGAUUGGACAUUAGCUUUGCAUUUCUGAUUCCACUUGAAAGAUGUCACAUAGAACACAUAGACAGAAGCAUAGCUGCCUGCAUUUGGCUAAUGGCCAGCUAUUGCUCUUGAAUCCCACUGAAUUUCUUAAUUUUUGACUAUUAGCUCUUCAGUGUGGGGGUGUUUUCAUUAAUUCCUCAACCACAUGAGCUGGAAGAGGGCAGCAGUUGCAAAACAGGAUUUGGGAAGCUAUAUGGAUUUAACUGUUUGCAUGUGAUUUGUACCACUUACACACUGAAUAAAUGAUUUACUUGAGGGGUUUUUUUUUAGUCAAGAAGAGUCUCGGGUUCUGAUUUUUGCAUGUGACUCAAAUGAGAAGAAUAUCCCUUUCAUCCAUUAUGCUUCACAGAAUGCUAGUUAUCCUGCCCCACUCCCUUGGAAUUCUCUAAUUUCUGUAUGACAGCUGAAGAGAUCAAAUUAUUAUGUAUUGUAUGACUACUAUCAAGGAUAAAAGACAAUUUACUAAUACCCAUCUGUCUGAAAUGAAGCAACACAUAAAGACCCCUAGGUGUUCCACAUCUUCCUGAAAGGAAGACUAUUCUGAUUUCUAACUCCUUCAAGAACAGAACAGAGAAAAAUAAAUGCAAUAUCCAAGUUGCUGUAGCUUACUACCUCCCUACCUAAAAAUUGCUAAUUCCAGCAGAAAGCAAUUCUGGAGGCUUUCCUUAUUGCAAAUAUGUGUGCUUGUGUGACACAUUCAUUGAUUUGGACCCACCCCCUAACAAGGACAAGGCCAUGAUAAAAAAUAAAUUGAAUAAUUAAUGACCAAAAAUAAUUGCCUAUAAAACAAGGUACCCAUUUGUAAAAUUAAAUGUUUUGUGUGUAGUACAAGUCCACCGUUCUGCAAACAAAAGGAUACAUGCAUUCACAAGAGGCCAUUUUCUUCCAACAGACCACAAAAACAAUGGCAAUGGAGUAUGGAAAGAAGAACAAUGGUAAAACAAACUGGGUGGGGAUGGAAGAAUGAGGAAAUAGACGAAUAUCUGGAAGGAGUCGAGAGGGACAAACCACCACCACCUCUAGAGUGAGGACUAGAAAAAUACAUGUCAAGUUAAGGGAUAAAGGUGGCAUUUUUAGAUCCCCCCAAGAAAUGUGUUGGCAAUAAUUUAAGCUCCCUUCUACAUGCGUCUUCUGUGAGAAUUAAACACUUGGCUACAUACAGUAUUUAUUCUUGAUGGUCCCGUUUGUUAGCCCUAUUAGCUCAGGUGGGAAGCUGAGUCCUUUAGCUUAUGAGGAAGGAAAACGGUGUCCUCAGCUAUCUGGAAGGAGGUGGCUUAGUAGGCCAGGGGGAAAAAAUGCUGAAGAGUCAAUGCUGAGAGCAAGAGUGACAGGUAGUCCUUGACUUAUGACAUUACAAGACUGAUCCACGGUACUUACAGUCUGGUUUCAAACAACAGCCAUCUUCCCCUUGCUGUCAUGUGACCACAUUUCAGACACUUGGCAACUGGCCUGUAUUUAUGUUUACAGUUAUAUAAUUGCCUUUACUUCAGAUUUUUGGCCCAUAGCAAUCAAUUGGUUUCUUAAAGACCAUUGCAUUUAAAAAAAUUAUAAAAUUGUGUCAGUCACGUGGGUGGCCUGCUUUAUAGCCAUCAUGACUUAACAACUGUAAUGAGCAGACUCCAUUAAGUUGAAGACUAUCUGUAUUUGCCUCAGAGCCUUGCCUCUCCUUUAAAGGCUAUAUACCUUUAAUAAUGGUUUAUUUUCUUCCCCUCAAGCACUGGCCAAUGCUCCCUCAUGAUUUACAGCACGUAACAAAUUUCAGCCAUCGCCGAGGUGCUAUAAUUUGGCCUCAUUAUUACAUUGGCAUGAUGAUGUUCUAAAUCACUCCUGGAGAUUUCACCCAUGCCUCAGUAUUUAUCACUGCAUCGUCUGUAUUUUGUGAAAGUGGGCAAAGUGGUGCAGAAGGAGUAUUGAAUCUGGAGCAAGUGCUGUGGAUGAUUGAUAGUCUGCCAUUCCUUUCUGUGCUGCAAUCCUAUAGAAUCAAGUCUUAAAAUGGAGAAAGUCUCUGCUGUUACUAACUAGGGUAUUGGCUUUCCAGCCCAUAUCUUUUUCAGGUAUUUUGGCUGGCAUUGCCUCUUACCAGCUAAAUUCAUUGGGCGAGCCAGAAUCAAGUUGAAUUUGCAGGCUAAAUAAGAGACAUUAUCAACUCUGAUAACCUUUAAGUAUUAAAGUCCUGCUACCUCGCUGAUUUCGCCCUUAUUUUUAUUCUCAAAUGUAUUGGAGAGGAAGCUUAAGACAGCCUUGAAGUGCACCUUUCUUUCCUACUCUGGUAUGUACCAGCCUAAAAACUACCUUCUUCACCAGCAGCUGCUAAUAGAAAUCCUUACAUAGAAUUAAUAAGGAAGACUUCUGUGAUUACAAGCACUUGUGUGUCAGGCUAAAAAGAAAAAAGGCAUUUUAGGAAGUUGGUAGCAACAAUGCCAUUAGUAAAAAAAAAAAAAAGCAUUUCUCUUUCCAAGUAUUUGCUAGGAUUUUGAGAUGGACUUGUGCAUGUAUGUUUUAAAUGACUAUUCUUGUACAGCCUGUUGAAUGCAUGCAUGUACCUGAUUUGUUGCCAUGUGGGAAGAAUCCUUAGAAUAAAGUGUUCAAUCUUGGCUUUCCUCCACUCCCACAACUACACAAUUUAAAAUUCUAUUUUGGACGCACCAUUAAUAUAAAGUAGCACACACAGGACCCUUUCAUCAUUUGGCAAAUUUGAUGAAUAUCUGAAGGUUCUUUGUCAAACUUAAAUGAAGCAAAAAUAGGGCAACUUGACACUUGAAGAAUUGCUUUAGCUACUGCAGUUGAAAUGCUAAAACACUAGUUUUUUCUACUGGCAGAAAUGUAAGUACAGCAACAGCUUUUAGUAAGUUCCACAAUAUGACUUCAGUGUAAUAUUUUUAACCCUAUUCAAAAGCUCUUUUUUAAAGGCAAGAGUUCUUUUUAAACUAUCAACAAAGAAUGCCCAGAUUUUUUUUUAAAGGAAAAAAAAAGUUUUCACCCUUUACCUGAAGAUCAUGUUAAGUUUGUCUUAGUGUAGUAGUAGAACUAGCCAGCUGAUUCUAAAUUUCCAGGAUUUCUAAGCCAUUCAUGCUGCAUUUAGGUGACUUUUAAACUGAUCCCUCUUCCUCACUUUUUGGCUCCUGGUCUAAAUGUUUCAAUGGCACAAAAAAAAAAAAAAAGCUUUUUGAUGUCAGUUUUUUUGCGUCUUCUUGUAUUUAGAACUUGUGGGGAUGGGGCAUAUGUGUAUGAUGCAUUGGGAGGUUUGAAUCUUGGCUUUUUGUGUAUCUGUUUAAAUUGCACAUUUUAAACUGAUGACCACUCUCUGAAUUUAUCAGAAUUUAAAUUUAUGGUAAGACUUCAAUUAUGUAGGUGCAGUUUUCUGAUGCAACACUUUCUUAAGAGGCUAUCAAACAUGAAUUGUUAUCCUCAGUCACCUAAGCGUGGAUUAAAAUACAAAGACAAUUAAUUUUGUGUUAAUUAAACUCAUUAAUUUUUGAUUAACUAUAUAAUUUUUACCCAGGUGGCAUUUAAAUCUUCUCGGCUGUAUGGGCUCUAAUGAUUUUUGUCUCCUCCCACCAGCAGGAAAAGGAAGGGGAGAGAAAUCACCCAGCCAGCACAAUUUGAAUUAUCUCAGAACCUCUAUACCACUGCUGCCUUUUCUUAGUUUCACGUGACCCACUACCUAUCAUUUUUGCAAGAACUAUAGUUUUAUGCAAUUCAAUUUGGUAUUUUAGCCCUAUGACAAAAUUGGUUCCUUUUUCUUUUUGUUUAUCUAUCUCUUUCUGUCUCUUUUUCUUUCUUUCUUUCUUUCUUUCUUUCUUUCUUUCUUUCUUUCUUUCUUUCUUUCUUUCUUUCUUUCUUUCUUUCUUCCUUCCUUUUAUUUUUUUCCACUGGGAACCACUACUCUGCAAGUUUUUUAGUGGACAAGAGACAUCUGAGAUAAUACCUCAUUCCACUGCUUAAAAAGCAAACAUUCAGAUUUUUUUCCUUCUGAAAAAUGAAAGAGAAUUGGCUUAAGGAACUGCUCUGCUUUUGAUUGAGCUUUUUGAUUGCUUGAAUCCAACUGUGUCUCUGACAGAUAAGACUGCAUGAAUUGUUCACUCUGGGUCAGGCCACAAUUCUUCAUGCAACGCUUUGAAUCAUUUGCAAAAGUAUGUCAAGUUGCAGCUUUUGCUUGCAACAAGCAGUCUGGAAGAUUCAUGAACACCUAUUUGGAUCCAGGUGAAAACACAAGCCCAAUCAUGUGCACAGAAUGUGUGAAAAGGCCUUGGAGGUUUAAUGCCCCUGGUGCUGGUUACAGAAAUGAAAUACAGUAUAUCCAGGUUCCCUAUGAUCAGUAUUUAAACUCCUGAUGAAAAAGAGAAAGAUGGUGUGUCAACUCUUCCCCUCCCAAUAUGCUGCCCUCCACAACAGAAUGUUGAACUUUUGGCUAACGGGUGUGUCUGUGCAUUUGUGUUAGACUUCCUUGGGGUAACAUUUUAGCCAAGCCUUUUGAUUCUAAAGUAGGUUAUGCUGAUUUUUAAAAGUGUGAAAAUAAUUUUUAAAAUGAGCUCUUUGUUGUACAACUUGACAUGUUACAAACAACCCCAUGUUCAUCAUCUCCGCUCUUUCAUAUUUCUUGUAUCGGUUCUAAUAAAUGGUUACUUUUCAGUA